AUGUAUGUGCUUGAACCAUAUUUUAAUUCAAUGAAAGUAGUUCCAGCAGAUUUAUUGUAUAAAUUACCUAAUUAUCAUCGCGAAUUUCUUAGCGAAAAUGGCAUCGAAGCAAUUGCAAACGAACAAACUGAUUCAAUAAAAUUACUGGAAAAUCGUCAACUACAAUUAAUUGAGGAUUUAAAGCAACUUGUAGAAAAUGUCACCGAAAUGCUUUUAUCAACUCAAAAAAAUAAGAAAACUAAACAAAUUGUCGAAAAUACUGACCAACAACAAGAAAUUGUAAAAUUCAUUAAAGGUGUUACUCCAUUCUGCUACAUACAAAAAAAAGACGAAAUAAGUGGAGUAAGGCAGACAUUAUCUGCAAAUGAACGUCCUUCUUACGCUAUGUUUGAGACAUCAACACCAUUUAAUUUGAUAUCAAUAAAUAUAUCAAGAAGAGAGUUGAAUUGGCUUAGGCAUAUAAUGGAACUUGGUGCUAAAAGAUCGAUUUCAUUCAAAUGUGAUGGCUUAAGAGCGGAAAAUAUUGAAGCUAGAUAUAAUAUUCAAGUCACUUUGCUAGAUAAUGAAGAUUCACAACCUGAAGCAAAUAUUGAUGGAAAUAUUAUAACGGGACGAAUUGGUGUUUGGAAGAUCUUAGGAGUUUUACUCGGUAUCUAUCCAUCGUUUAAUCAAAGUCCAAUCAUUUCAACGCAUAUCGAUGGAUGGUUAUUAACAAUUAAUGCUAUAUUUAAUGGACAUAUAAAUGAAGAUAAAGUUUAUCGUUUAAUGAAUAAUAUUUUGGGUUGUAAUGAUUAUUUAGCCAGUACGUAUUCAGCAACAUUAGCUGAUUUAGUUGCUCAUAGUAUCGCUGAAAAUUUGGUAUCAUGUGCAAAUAAUCUAGAACUUUGGAUGAAACGUUUAAAUGAAGCUAUUCGUUAA